AUGAUCUGUCCUGUGAGCCGGCCUCUUCAACCUAAAUUAAUUUCUUGUUCUGCUGAUCGGGUUAAUUCUAUUUCUCGUCUUCAUAGCCCUCUGCAUUUGCUAAGAUCGGAAAACACCGAAUUUGUCUCUCCUUAUUCUUCAUCUUCUUCUGCUUCUACAAUUUCUUCAUUUUCGUCUGCCCAGAAUGCAUCGCAACUGGGCCAACCCACACCAUCAUCCGAAAUGACACAAAGUCUACAUCUUUCUCCAUCUCCAUCUCAUAAUACUAAUGUUAGAAAGGUAUUCGCUGACCACGCUAAACCCUCUCAAGGCUCUAAUCAGCUCCACCAUCUUCAUCAGCUGGACGGAAGAGCAAGUCUAAUUACAGUUUUGCGUCUCUUUCCAGCUCAUGUUUGGCGUACCUGGUUGGCAACUGGCUCGCUUUGGAUUUCGGCAGCAACAAUUUGCUCUGCCAAACCUACAUCUAUCUCAACUGAGGCUGACAAAAGUGAUGGACAGCCACAGUUGAACGUAUCUGAAAACGUCAGCAACAUGCUGCAAACAUCAAUUCAUUGCAAGCAGCACUCUGUCGAAUGCAUUUGUCCUCGCCGGCUGGUCCCGCUGAGGACGAGCCGGCGACUUCUUACAUCUGUAUUCCUUUCUUGCUCUCUUAACAAACCAUUUCUGUUAUCUUACCAAAGAGAUUCGGCUGUUACCAUGACUACCAUUAAAAACAAUUCUCCAGAUGUAGAGAUCGCGGGCCCUGGUGAUCAGAUUCAGGGUCAAGAGAAUGAGAUCGAUAAACUAUUAUCAAGGACUCUAACGCUUUGGGAAGAGAAUUGUCCACCUUUUUUGUGGCAGUAUUUGAUAAAGCAGUUUUUUCGUCUUCCCGUUGCAAAUUCAAUCCUUCCGGCUUCUCUCAAUCCGAUUCCUGCCCCUGAAAGUCGAAUAAGUUCUCCAUACUUAUUUACACCAUUUCUGUACUUCUGCCCCCAGCAUUGUCUUGUCCUUUGUACUUGUAUCCAGUCGCCUAUAAAACCACGCCCUGUUGGCACCAGUUACUCAAAGGCAACACAUGAUUCUGUCACUAAAAAUUUUAAUUGCUUUAUUAAAUCCAAGUUGGCCGAUCAUGAAGUCGCUACCACAACUAAGACAGGCCUAUUCUCUGCUGAUAGCAUUCCUAAUAUGCAAUAUAUGCGUUGUUUUUCGCGUCUUAUUAGUCGACACCAGCAGCAUUUGCUUCUUCUGGGACUCAUCCAUAGGCUUCUGGAUCUGCCAGCAGCCACUUUCAGCCAAAUUGUAAAUUGGAGAAAGCAGUCUAAUAGAGUAAAUUUAAAUCGGGUCAUGAUCUCAUCAGAGGGCUCUCAGGCGACAUCAUUUCACAAGCAACGGCCUAUUCCCAAUUCCCGGACCAAAGAGAUAUCUCACCUCAGCACUAGUCUUCCGCAUCUUCCU